AUGGUCCUGAAAUCUGGGCAAGAGUGGGGUACAGUCCUCUCCCACCUGGUCCUUGGAGGGGUGUCUCUGCAUGCUGCUGUGUGCACUGCCCAGGCAAGUCGAGGGGCUGCUGCUGGCUUCUUACUACAGGCCUUGGCUGCUGCCACCACUGUGGUCACAGGGCUGGGCACGGAUGAAGACUGUCUUACUGGAACAUGGGUGGCCACUGUCAUCAGCCUGCCCCUUCUGGCCUUUGAUUUCCACUGGUGUACUAACGGUCACUUGAUGUGCGCUGGCUGUUUUAUCCACCUACUAGCAGAUGCCCGGCUGAAGGAGGAGCAGGCUACAUGCCCCAACUGCCGCUGUGAGAUCAGUAAGAGCCUCUGCUGCCGGAACCUGGCUGUGGAAAAGGCUGUGAGUGAGCUGCCCUCCGAGUGUGGCUUCUGCCUGCGCCAGUUUCCCCGCUCGCUGCUGGAGCGGCAUCAGAAGGAGGAAUGCCAGGACAGGGUCACCCAGUGCAAGUACAAGCGUAUCGGCUGCCCCUGGCAUGGCCCCUUUCAUGAACUGACAGCCCACGAGGCCGCGUGUGCCCACCCGACCAAGACAGGCAAUGAGCUGAUGGAGAUCCUGGAUGAGACAGACCAGGGCCGCCGCACGGAGAUGCAGCUCUACAGCAGCAUCUUCAGCCUGCUCAGUUUCGAGAAGAUCGGCUACACAGAAGUCCAGUUCCGGCCAUACCGCACAGAUGACUUCAUCACGCGCCUCUACUACGAGACUCCCCGGUUCACAGUGCUGAACCAGACAUGGGUCCUGAAGGCUCGAGUGAACGACUCGGAGCGCAACCCCAACCUGUCAUGCAAGCGCACGCUCUCCUUCCAGCUCAUCCUCAAGAGUAAGGUCAACGCGCCUUUGGAGUGCUCCUUCCUGCUGCUCAAGGGUCCUUACGACGAUGUGAAGAUCAACCCUGUCAUCUACCACUUUGUGUUCACCAAUGAGAGCAAUGAGACCGACUACGUGCCGCUGCCCAUCACUGACUCGGUGGAGUGCAACAAGCUGCUGGCCGCCAAGAACAUCAACCUGCGGCUCUUCUUGUUCCAGAUCCAGAAAUAG